AUGCCGUCUCACACAGCCUCAGCAUCAAACAGUGACGGGUCACUCCAUGGAUUCAUAAAUAUAGAAGAGAAAACGUGCGUGCCAAUGAAGACUGUUAGUUCACCAACACUUCCAAAAGGCCAAUACAGUCACAUCAAUGGUGCUAACGCUUCCUUGACCAAUACGGCUGAAAAUGAAAAAGACGCUAGUAAAAUAUCCGGAAAUUUGUUAGCAUCAGUUCUUCUGAAACAAGAUGAAAACACUAACAUAUCUAUGACAUCGAAAGAAAUUGAGGAUUGUGUGGCGAAUAAACAAGAAGCUGUUGAUAAUGCCACAACGCUAGAACGGCCAGAUGACACGACGAUAUAUACUAUAUGUGGUACCUGGAUUGGACUGGGCAUUGCCGGAAUGAUAGUUCUGGCUUUCCUGACUUCUGUUAACGCUGAUGGAGACAAUUCUAAGAAAAGGAAGAGAGGAUCAUUAUGCAGCAGUUUUUUGGCUGCAGCCAAGCAUUUCUGGAACUCAAGACUGCAAAAAAUCUUGAUCCCAGUGACUUUGUAUUACGGCAUUUUGAACGGAUUUGUUGUUGCAGAUUUUACACGGUCUAUUGUGGGUUGUACAGUAGGAAUACAGGCUGUUGGUGAAGUAAUGCUCUGUCACGGAAUAUUUAACACCAUCUCUGCGGCACUCAUCGGACGUCUAGUAAAGAACUUUGGACACUUGCCUUUCUUUACUUUCACGAUCUAUGGACACUUGUUUGCAGACAAUAAAGAUGCAGCUUUCGGAAGCUAUUUCAUGCUUGAGGCAACUGGGUACAUCACUGCAAUGGCGUACAGUGCAUUGGUAUCCACUGACAUCAAACUGUAUAUCCUUCUCAUCCUACUGGUGUUCAGUGUUAUAUCCUACUACACCGUGGAAUAUAUAGACAGGAAAAAUAAUACGCACAAGGACGCAGACAGGGAGAAAGUAUAA